UCUUCUCAAGCCAACAAGCAGCACGAGCUUAAAAAAAUUCCAAUCAAAAUGUUCAAUUUCAUCGCCGUCAUCGCCCUCCUGGUUGCCACCGCCAGCGCAGGUCUGAUCGAGACCCACCAUGUGGUCCAUGAGCCCGUCCUGGCCAAGGUUGGCUCCGUGGUGCACUCGGCUCCCUCGGCGGUGUCCCACCAGAGCAUCACCCAGGUGCACAGCAAGGCGGUGGUGCAGCCCGUGGUUGCCCCCAUCGUGAAGACCACCACCUACACCCAGCCCGCCGUGGCCGUCCAUGCUGCUCCAGUGGUCCACUCCGUGCCCGUUGUCCAUGCCGCUCCAGUCGUCCACUCCGUGCCGGUGGUGCACUCCGCUCCCGUGGUGCACUCCGUGGUCCACUCCGCUCCCCUCAUCAAGUCGGUGGUGCACUCCGCUCCUCUGGCCUACACCCUGCACCAUUAAUUCCCUUAAAUUUUUUGUUGUUAACCAAUUAUAUGAAAACUAAAUAAAAUUCCCACAAGUAUUAUUGAUCCCCAAAUAA